UCUCCUUUCUUCAACAAUUCUCUCUCCUAAAGAAAUCUAUCAUCUUCUUCUUCAAUUUCCCACUCCCAUGGCUGACCCAUGUCCCAACUCAUUCCCCAACUCAUUCCCCAAUGUUCUAAAAUUCAACUCCCUCCGCCACCAUUUCCCACCCCUUCCUCCCUCCUUCUCCCCGCAGCGGAACAUGUCUCCUCAUAAUCAUUACUCGUAUUCCUAUCCGACCCCGCCCCCGCCUUCCUCUCCGCCGCUUCGGGAGGCCUUGCCGCUUCUCGGGGGCCUGAUAUCCCCACCAGAGCAAGAGCAGAAAGAGGAAGAGGACGACGGGGGCGGCGGCAGGGGGUGCGACGGGUCGGUCACGAUCGCGUUGCACAUAGGGCUACCGAGCCCUAGCGCGGCGGAGAUGGCGACGGUGAUGUCGGGUUCGUCGUCGGAGAUUGAUCAUGGUGAUGUAGAUCAUGGUAACAAUCAUGACUGUGGGCAGUCCACAAAAACCCUAAUAAAGGGGCAGUACUGGAUCCCUACUCCUUCCCAAAUCCUCAUUGGUCCUACUCAAUUCUCUUGCCCUGUUUGCUUCAAAACCUUCAAUAGAUACAAUAAUAUGCAGAUGCAUAUGUGGGGGCAUGGCUCACAGUACAGGAAGGGGCCAGAGUCGCUGAGGGGGACUCAGCCAACGGGGAUGCUGCGGCUGCCGUGCUACUGCUGCGCGCCAGGGUGUCGCAACAACAUAGACCACCCACGAGCCAAGCCGCUCAAGGACUUUCGAACCCUCCAGACUCACUACAAGCGCAAGCACGGCCUGAAGCCCUUCACCUGCCGAAAGUGUGGCAAGGCCUUCGCUGUCCGCGGCGACUGGCGAACCCAUGAGAAGAACUGUGGCAAGCUUUGGUAUUGCGUCUGUGGCUCCGACUUCAAGCACAAGCGCUCCCUCAAGGACCACGUCAAGGCCUUUGGCAACCACCACGCUGCGUAUGGUGCUGGUGCCGAUGAGGAUGACGAGCCUGCCUCUGAGGUCGAGCAGGACAACGACGAUUGAGUAGAAAAAGGACAGACAUAAUAGAGAAGUUAUUGAAGGAGGCUGGAACACUGUGACUGGUAGUGUCUAACGGUUAUUAGAAGGCCGCCACAUUAAUAACUUUUCCACAUAAAGAGCGGUGUUAUAUAAGGAUCUCGAUAUGAUAAUUGAUUUACAAAAGAAAGUAUAUAUCAUGAACUUACUAUUACUAUUAUUAUUAUAA